AUGGUCACAUGGAACUGGCUCUUCGGUCUCCCAGUCGGCCAGCAAGUGGCGAAUGGGCCAACGUCUGGCGAGUCGAUUAGGGAGGAUAUCCAGCCGCUACCACCAACAGAGGAUCCUUGGUACAAGGCACCGCCGGACUUCGACACGAAACGAGUUGGAGAAAUCCUCAAGAUACGUCAAGCUCCGGGCAAUCUCACUGCGAUCAUUGGGAACUCCCUAGGCACUGCUUACAACAUUCUAUAUCGCACGACUGAUUCGGCAGGUCGGCCAUCCUGGGCCGUGACCACUUUGCUCAUCCCUUCAUCUUUCUACUUCUCACCUUCAGGGAAGGCGGUUAUGGUCUCUUAUCAAUUUGCCUACAACUCGGCCAAUCCAGACUCCAGCCCUUCUUUUGCUCUGUAUGGCAAGCUGGCCGAGAAGAACAAGCAUCUGGGCCUGAAAUCAAGCACGUCUUUCCUAGACCAAUUGCUCUCUCAGGGUUGGAUCGUCAACACGCCUGAUUUUGCAGGCCCCAUGGCUGCAUUUGGUGCGACGGCUCAGGCUGGCCAUGCAACCCUCGACUCUAUCCGAUCUGUUCAAAACCUGGCACGUUUAACCGGCGGAGCAGAGAUGAGCAUUGUUAUAUGGGGAUACAGUGGCGGUACCACGGCUACUGCUGCUGCAGCAGAAAUGCAGCCGACUUACGCACCGGAACUCAAAUUGGAUGGCGCAAUUUUGGGCGGCAUGGCCAAUGAUCUGGCCGGCAGCUUUGAUCGCCUGAAUGAAGGCCCUAUUGCUGGAAGCAUAAUUGCGAUUUUGCUGGGCAUCACGGCUCAAUUCCCAGAAGCCAGGGCAUAUUUGAAAAGCUGUCUGGUACCGGAGACAAGAGAGGAGUUCCUUUCGGUUCUACAGACCGAAGCCUCGAAAUCUGUGCUGCAUUUCAGCGGCAGGGAUAUUUACGCUUUUUUCAAAGACGGGAAGAAGGAUGUAUAUGCCCCAAUUCUGGUGGAGUUGUACGAGACGCAAAUGAAAAUCGGCGCCCGGUCAACACCGACCAUGCCCAUGUUCAUCUACCACGCGAUUGGCGAUCAGGUUUGUCCAGUAGACAAGGUCGACGAUGUAGUAAGCAAAUGGCGCGAGGAUGGCGCCCAUAUUCUGUUUGAAAGGAACACGUUGGGAAACCAUGUAUCUGAGAUUGAAAAUGGGAAGCCAAGAGCAAUGGCAUGGCUUGGGCAAAUCUUUGAUGAGUCAUAUGAGACGUCCACAUGCACCAUCCGCAAUGUGAUAGUCGAGGCUCCUGUUGAUACCGCAUAG